AUGGAAAACUCAAGUUUUGUGGAAUUUCUUUCGUGUAUUAAAGAAAACGAGAAAAAGAUAGCCCUGCUUUCCAAUGAAGCGCAGGCAGUGGAGGAGAUGAAAAAGAGGUAUGUGUCUUCUAAUUUAACACAGAGCAGCGGAAAACACAUUCUGGAGAGCUUUAAAGCUCGCACAAACUCAUUCUACAGCCGGUCCAAAGAAAUAAAAGAGAAUAUAGAAGAGAUCCGGAAAGCAUACAGCAGAAACGGCGUCCUGGAGAAAAAGAUGCACAUGCACAUUUUGGCUCUGUACAGCAGGCUGAAAGCCCAAACAGAGGGAUUUGUGGAGGCCAAGGCAGGGCUUCUGCAAGUAAUGGAGAAGAAACAAGACUCUCUAAGCGCUUUCGCACCAAAAAAACAAACAAGAAAAGAAGACAGUGGGGAAGGAGGCGGAUACUCUUUAGAAGGCGAGUGUUUUGAUGAGCCAAAAGCAGACCAAAGCAUACAGGAGCUUCUCCUUACUCUCGAGGAGCUGAACACUACGUUUAUUGAGCUGAAUGAAAUAAUAGGCAGCUCUUCGGUGGAAAUAGAAGGGGCUUCUUCCAAGAUGUUUCUCAAUAGAAAUCUGAGCGUAGGAGUCAACACACAAAUAGAAACAGCAACAGUUCGUAGAAAAAGAAGAAGAUGGCUAAAGUCUGCAGGGCUGCUGCUGGUUAUAGCAGUGUGUAGCAUAAUAUUUAUAUACUUUGGAAGAGGCAUGCUUGAUUUUAUAAUAAAGCUGAAAGAUGCUAUAAAAUAG